CACAGGAAGGGCUGGAGGGAGAGUUCGCACAGCCCUGCAGGCCGGGAAGCCCCUGACUCGAGCCAAGGUUCUGCAGCUGCAAGGCCUCCUGUCAGAGGAGGGGGCCUGGGGACUCCCUUAGCCUCACCCUGAGACGGGCUGGUGGCCUCCUGGGGGCAGCAAGAGCCCAGGCCCUUUCUGGAGGGACAGUCCUGUUUUCUGAGCUCUGAAGUUAAUGGGACUUCCUCCCGGGCCACCUGCCUCACCGCAACUCUUCCCCUGCCUGGCACCUGUCUGGGCCUCAGUGUCUCACCUGUGCAGUGUGGGCCCUCACAGGGUUAGCGAGGUGGCCUGGCCCAGGAGGUGCCCACAAUGCUGGCCCCUCACAAUGGUUGCCCGGUGACAGGACUCCCCUCAGGGAAGGGAGCUGGAUGCCGAGAGGGACUGGAGCCAGCAAGGCCAGAGUGAAAGCAAAAUGACAACUACUCAGAAACACGAUCUCUUCACGCCAGAGCCUCACUAUGUCCCUGGCUAUGCCGGCUUCUUUCCGCAGCUGCGCUACCAGGUGGGGAACACCUAUGGGCGUACCACGGGGCAGCUGCUCACAGACCCCAGUGUGCAGAAGAGCCCCUGCUCUGUGCUGUCCCCCAUGUCCAAGCCCAAGUUCAUUGAGGACUUCAGCCAGUCCAAGCCCCCGAGGGUUCCCUGCCGAGACCUGACGGAGCCCUACAUCCCCCACUACACCAGUCUGAAGCCCUAUAAGAACUUUGAGAUUCUGGGCCAGCUCCCACCCUUGGAGGUGGACGCCCAGGAGCCGCCAAGGGUAGAGAACAUACCCAGACAGAUUCUGCAGCCUGCAGGCUUCACGCCCCACCCCCCGCACCCUCUGUGCCCGCCAGGCAGGAAGGGAGACUCCAGAGACUUGGGACACCCAGUAUACGGGGAAGAGGCCUGGAAGAGCACCACUCCUGUCUGCGAAGCCCCCAGGCAGCACCAGCUCCAGCUGUACCACUGCCGGAGGGAUGAGUACCCACCGCCCGCCCGCCAGCAGGAGACGCUAGAUGUGGGCAGCUUCCAGCGGCUGCCGCAGCUGGACCACCCUAACCUGAUCCAACGCAAGGCCAUCUCAGAACGGGCUAGCGGCCUGGGGGGACCUCCUUUGCCUCCCAGCUGCUUCCAGGAGCCCAGCUUUUCCCAAGACGAGGCGGUGCCUUGCCUGCCUGUUCCCAUUUGGCCACAUCAGAAAGUCGCCAACGUUCAGGGCUAUGCUGGCUUCAUUCCCCGGUUCACCUGGGUAAUGGGGGUGAAUUACCGAGACGGUGUCACGCAAGCCAUGGAUGAAUUCGACAAGAGCCAGUUCCUGUUUAAAAACCCCCACUGCGACCUGGUCGAGAAGCUGCCUGGAACGCACUGGCCCAGCAACCACAUCUACAGCAGCCAAGGCCUGAUCCCCUUCUACAUGGGGUUCAUCCCCUCCAUGCAGGACAACUAUGCCCUGACAUUCGGCAACAGCAUCCGGAGGGCCUACUGGAAGGAAUGGGUGAAGCGAAACCACACACUAUGAAAAUGCUUUAAUGGUGGUGUCUGUACAGCAUGGAUGUAGACAGGGAAAACAGCAAGUGCACACAGCGGGACAGGCCACAAGGCAGGCUGGGAGUGAAUAAAGAGUUCACACUGCU